CUCGGGAGCCGGUGCUGAUGCUGCGACUCCGCUGUCGGAGGCGGUUUCGGAGUAAAUCGAGCGGCUGAGGGUACGCCAGCUUGUGACGUUGGCAGUGGACUUUAGAUGGACGGCUCUACACUCCAGCUUUCCCCACAAGCUCUAAGCAGCAGACCUGAACAUAACCUGGGUUUCCUCAGCUUCCUCGACUCGCUGACCAAUGAAACAGUGGAACAUUGCUACAGUGCGCGAUCCCAUAGCACUGUCCUUCAGGGGCUGCCAUUUGGAGGCGUUCCCACUGUACUUACCAUUAAUUUCAUCCUCUGGCUGGUGCUAUUGUUCAUAUUCUCCUGCCUCCGGAAAGCUGCCUGGGACUAUGGACGACUGGCUCUACUGAUGGACAAUGACAGCCUCACCUCCUUGUUUUAUGGAGAACAAAAUGAAAAGGAGAAAUCUUCCUGUGAAACCAGCCCAACAGAACUGGAGAGUAAGGAUGUGGGCUUUUGUUCAUGGCUGACCACACUCUAUCACAUGAGAGAUGAUGAAAUUCAAUACAAGUGCGGAAUCGACGCCAUCGUGUAUCUCUCGUUCCAGCGUCACAUCUUAGUUCUCCUCAGUGUGGUCUGUGUCUUCUCCAUCGCCAUCAUCCUUCCUGUCAACUUCUCGGGGGACCUGCUGGGAGACAGCCCGCAACACUUUGGCCGUAUAACCAUCGCAAACGUUCCUGCAGAUGAUCGGCUGUUGUGGCUACAUAGUAUAUUUGCGCUCUUCUACUUCAUAGUGACAGUGAUCUGCAUGGGACAUCACUCUCUACAGCUUGAUUAUAAGGAGAAUGAGAAGGUUGCAAGGACAUUGCUGAUCUCACAAAUCCCAAAAGACAUCACAGAUGCAAGUCUCAUCAUCAAGCACUUCCAUGAGGCCUACCCAAGCUGUACAGUGACAGAUGUGCAGUUCUGCUUUGAUGUCCGUGCUCUGAUGAAACUCGACUGUGAAAGACGAAAAGCAAUGAAAGGUCGUCUGUAUUUCACAGCCAAGGCCCAAAAGGAAGGAAAGAUCAUGAUUAAGACCCACCCAUUGGCCCGGAUCUGCUGCUGUGACUGCUGUGGAUUUGAACAGGUGGAUGCGGAGCAAUACUACAGUGAACUGGAAGAGAAGCUCACGGAUGAGUUCAACGCUGAGCGCCAUCGGAUCACUCUGAAACGGCUGGGAAUGACUUUUGUGACCUUCCAGGAUGAGCGGAUGACAGCUGUGAUCAUGAAGGAUUACCAGCAUAGUAAGUGCCGGAAUCGGUUGCAACAGUCCAGCGUUACAACUAUCGUUAAGUCUUACAGAUGGGAUGUUCGCUAUGCCCCUGGGCUCAGCGAUAUUAUCUGGGAGAACCUGUCGGUGCAGGGCAGUGUCUGGUGGAUCCGCUGUGCCAUUCUGAACAUCCUCCUCUUUCUACUCCUCUUCUUCCUCACUACACCUGCUAUCAUCGUCAACACUAUGGAUAAAUUCAAUGUCACUAAUCCUGUGGAGAGCCUGAAGAAUCCUAUUGUGACCCAGUUCUUCCCAACUUUGCUUCUGUGGACAUUUUCCGUAUUGCUGCCAUUCAUCGUCUACUACUCCGCUUUCUUUGAGUGUCACUGGACCAGAUCCACGGAGAACCAGGUGACAAUGCACAAGUGUUACUUCUUCCUGGUUUUCAUGGUGAUCAUCCUGCCAUCUCUGGGACUGACCAGUCUGGAUGUCUUUUUCCACUGGCUCUUUGACACCAACUUCCUGGAUGAGGCAGAAGUAAAGUUCCAAUGUGUCUUCCUGCCGGAUAACGGUGCUUUCUUUGUGAAUUACGUGAUUACAUCCAGCCUGAUCGGUACUGCAAUGGAGUUGCUGCGUAUCCCUGGGUUGCUGGUGUACACUGCAAGACUUCUAUUUGCUAAAUCAAAGGCGGAGCAGAUACAUGUGAAAAAGAAUCAAGCCUAUGAGUACCAGUUUGGAUUGGAGUAUGCUUGGACCAUGUGUAUACUUGCUGUCGUGAUGACCUACAGUAUCACAUGUCCAAUUAUCGUACCCUUCGGGCUGCUCUACAUGUUGCUGAAACACCUGGUGGAUCGAUAUAACAUUUAUUACGCGUGCUUACCCACCAAGCUCAACCAUCGGCUGCACUCGGCUGCUGUCAGCCAGGUCAUCAUUGCGCCAAUCCUCUGCAUGUUCUGGCUGCUCUUCUUCUCUGUACUGCGUCUUGGGCCAGUGCAACCCAUCACCCUCUUCACAUUUGUCACGUUGCUCCUCUGCAUCGUCUUCUCAUUGUUCGCAUUUUGCAUCAAAGGAGUUCACAAACUUAAGCCUCAAAAUUAUCAGCUGACGGAGCCUCAGCAGGACUGCAUGUUCGUAGACGGAGAGAGGAGCAGUGUGUCCUCCACACCAAAUUCCAACGUAUUUGUUGCGGCUGUUCUCCAGGAUCCCGAAUUGGGUCUCACACCUGUUGCAUCUCCUGCACAUCAGACUUAUGGAACCAUGGAAAAUCGUUGUGAUGACACCAAAUCUGAAAGUUCUGGUCGAAUGCAAAAUUUUGAGCCUAUAUUAGAAAGUCCUCAGCAUGAGACAAAGAAAAGGUAGAUUUUGGAGGAUCGAUCAGUGGCUCUCGCAGUGUGAAAAGGGUAUGACCGGUGGGGAGUUAUUCGUGUGUCC